GCGCGUAGUAACCAAAAUUGUGACAUCUAUCAGCUGAGCGUGUAAGCUCUUUGGUGGCGCUGUCCGAGUAUGCGCUUCGUGGUUCCCCUACAGAAGGGAAAGGGAGUUUAGAAAUGGCCGCCGUGAGUAAUGGUCGGAGUGCGAUGGAUUCUCAAUCAGAAACGCAGAAUGUCGUGGUGGACCGUUUAAAAAGACUGUAUCCGGCCGUAAACGAGGAGAAGUCGCCGUUGCCCCGCGCCUGGAGCCCCAAGGAAAAGUACAACUACAUCGGACUGUCCCAGAACAAUUUACGCGUUCAUUACAAAGGGCACGGCAAAACCCACCGAGAUGCCGCAAGCGUCCAAGCGACGCAUCCCAUUCCUGCCGCCUGCGGCCUUUACUACUUCGAAGUGAAGAUCGUAAGCAAAGGUCGCGACGGCUACAUGGGCAUCGGUCUCUCAGCCCAAGGCGUGAACAUGAACCGAUUGCCAGGUAAUACAAGCUGGGACAAACAAUCGUACGGUUAUCACGGCGACGACGGCCAUUCGUUCUGCUCGUCUGGCACCGGCCAGCCGUACGGACCGACCUUUACGACAGGAGACGUCAUCGGUUGCGGCGUCAACCUCAUCGAUAACACGUGCUUUUACACGAAAAACGGACACCACCUCGGUACCGCCUUCACAGAUUUGCCUCCGAAUUUGUACCCAACGGUGGGUCUUCAAACUCCUGGAGAAGUGGUCGAUGCGAACUUCGGACAAGAACCGUUCGUUUUCGACAUCGAGGACAUGAUGAGGGAGCUGGGGACGAGGACAAGAAUGGAAAUCAACGAUUUUCCAGUACCAGAAAGUCACGGUGAAUGGCAAGCCAUUCUGAACAAGAUGGUAUCAACUUAUCUCGUCCAUCACGGUUAUUGCAAUACAGCAGAGGCCUUCGCCCACAUCACAGAACAACCUUUUAACGAAGACAUAGUAUCAAUUAAGAAUCGACAAAAAAUUCUAAAGUUAGUGUUAGCCGGUAGAAUGGGCGAAGCGAUCGAGCGAACGAGCCGACUGUACCCCGGCCUGUUAGAGUCAAAUCAGAAUCUCUUAUUUAUGCUCAAAUGUCGCCAGUUUGUCGAAAUGGUAAAUGGUUCAGACGUGGAGGUCUGUCAUCGAAAAAGUGGUUAUUCGCCGUCGUAUUCGGUAUCGCCUAGACCUAGUAGUCCCAUCCAAACUUCAGUUAUACAAUCGACUAAAAGUUAUAGCAAUAAAUCGAAACAAAGCGUUGAAGAAAUGAAUCAAAACAAUACAACGCCGACACAUAAUGGUAAUAGUUGUAGAGAAGUUCCCGUAAUACUCGCAGACGAUGGCGACGUCGAAAUGGACACCACCGAAGAGUUCCGAAAUGGUCACGGAGACGCCUGCAAUGGCAAGUCAAAUAGUUCGACCAACGGGUACCAAAAUGGUAAUAGCCAUAGUAAUAACGUCACUCAGGAUGACGGUUGCUGUGAUAAUGAAGACGAAGAUAUGGGCAGAGGGAGCAUUCAAUUCUCAAUAGUAGGAGAUAAAGAGGUUGAUGUGCCAGUGUGCCGGAAGUCAUGUUCAAAGCCGGCAGUCGAACGAAUUCUAGAAUUUGGUAGGGAAUUAUAUAGUAUGAGCCAACGAUUGACAGUAGACAAGAAUUCUAGUGAGACAAAUCAAAAAAUGUUGGAAGAUGCAUUUAGUUUAUUAGCAUACUCAAACCCAUGGGCGAGUCCCGUGGGUUGGCAAUUGCAGCCCUCGCAAAGAGAGUCGGUUUGUGCUUCCCUUAACUCAGCCAUUUUAGAAUCAAAUAAAAAGCCCCGAAAACCGCCUUUAGAAGUCGCAAUCGCGCACGCCCAUGAACUGGUAAAGCUGAUGUCCACGGCGGGACUCGGCUCGUGUGCCUUCGCCUCGUUAGUCGACAUCUUGGAUCAGUGACCUCUCUCGUCGCCCUUCUGCAUUAUAAUGCACUGACUGCCAUUCUCUUCAGAGAGACGAUCUAACUGGUUGCAUCAUUGUCCAAGAAGAGGAACAGCUUACUUAUUCCCAAUAGUUAACAGUUGCAGUUAAAUUAUCGCUAUUGGCAGAGAGAAUCGAUGGUCGGUUUAGCAAACGGAUGGCGAUCAGUUUCAAUCACAAAAUGUGGAUCACAAUUCAAACCAAUAAAUUACUGAUAAUUGUGUCGUUUUACUUCGCCGCUUAUUGGAGAGAGUUUAUUUCGUAUCACAAUCGGUUAGAGAGGAAGUCGUGUAUUUUCCGUUCUGGAUUUAUUUGUUUGUUAUUUGGUUUUAUGUCUUUGAUUGGCUAAUUUAAGGAAACCUUACAUUUUAUAUGUUUUGUUGUAGUUUUAUUAAUUUAACGUAAAUAAACAUAAAGUCACUUAACAAAUAAUCUAAUCUGAGUUCUAGAUGAUUUUGUUGUUGUUUGGGGCGUUAAGAAUUUUUUGCCAAGAGACUACGAGGUGUUUUUAUCAAAUUUUUGAAGAGGUGUAGACAUAAUGCGUAGUUUAGUUUAUUUGUAAAUAUGUUAUACAUAAUUAUGUUAUUACUCAAAUAAUAAACUAAUAUUUAAUUAUA